GAUGGCUCUACCGAAAUCCUGGCGAGGGUUGAGAGAUGCAGAACUCUCAGAUGUCAGUGGGAUUCCCGGAUGUAUCUUCGUCCACACCACUGGGUUCAUUGGAGGCAAUGAAACGCUGGAAGGUGCUCUUUCUAUGGCAAGAAAAGCUCUUGAGAUCGGAGAUGCUGAGCGUGCCGAAGAAAUACUUGCUGAGAUGGAGUUGAAGAAGCCCAGUCUUGAGUCAUCUAUGGAUCAGAGUUCAGAAACAGUGCCGCAAGCUUA